AUGGCUCUCCGUGAAUCAAUCUCCAACCAAACUAAGGUUUCCCUCCGCAUGGCCAAACAUCUGUUCUUGAAAGAAUCACAAAAGAACAUUGUGUUUUCGCCACAAUCAAUGCAAGUUGUGCUCAGCCUCAUCGCUGCUGGCUCUGAGGGUGCCACAAAACAACAGCUUCUCGACUUCCUCCAGUUCAAAUCUACCGAAGAUCUCAACUCCUUCGCCUCUUAUCUCGUUUCCUCUGCACUCAAUGACGCUUCUCUUAUAGGUGGCCCUCGCCUCUCUUUCGUGAAUGGUGUGUGGGUUGAACAAACCCUUCCUCUUCUACCUUCCUUCAAACAAAUCGCGUCGACUGAUUAUAAAGCCAAUUUGGCUUCCGUUGAUUUCCUACACAAGGCUGAUGAAGUGGCUAAUGAAGUGAAUUUAUGGGUUGAAAGAAAGACAAAUGACCUUAUUAAAGAACUUCUUCCUUCAGGAUUGGUUGAUAGCUACACUUGCCUCAUAUUUGCUAAUGCACUAUACUUUAAAGGAGAAUGGGAUUCCAAGUUUGAUGUUUCAAAAACAAAAGACUACGAUUUUCAUCUUCCAGAUGGAAGUGCAGUCAAGGUUCCUUUCAUGAUUAGCAAGAAGCAGCAGCUUAUUGAAUAUUUUGAUGGUUAUAAAGUUCUUCAUCUUCCCUAUAAGAAAGGUAAAGAUAAUCGUCAAUUUUCUAUGCAUUUUUACCUUCCAAAUGCAAAAGAUGGAUUGUCAGCUUUAGUUGAGAAUGUGACUUCUAGGCCUAGUUUACUACACCCCAACUUUCGUCUUUCUCAAAACGAAGUAGGUGACUUUAGAAUUCCAAAGUUCGAUAUUUCAUUUGGGCUUGAAACUACUGAUAUGCUUAAGAAGCUAGGAGUGAAUUUACCAUUCUUUCCCGGAGGUUUGACAAAAAUGGUGGACUCUCAUGUGGGUCAAAGACUUUUUGUUUCUCACACAUUUCACAAGUCUUUCAUCAAAAUAGAUGAAGACGGCAGUGAAGCUGCUGCAGCUAGUGUUGCAUUCAUGUCCAAGGGCAUUCCAAGUAGACUAGACUUUGUAGCUGACCACCCAUUCUUAUUUCUAAUUCGAGACGAUAUGACAGGAACAGUUCUCUUUAUUGGGCAAGUGCUCAAUCCUCUUGAUAUGUGAUCUUAGCGGCUGUCGAUAAA